AUGGCGAGCUCCGCCGGCUCCGCAGUCAGCUUCGCAUUCGCCCUCUUCAUCAUCUCCCUCCUCGUCCUGCUACUCCUCAGAUGCUACCUCCCGCUACGAUCGACGCCCGCGUACCUCCUCGUACCGGUGUUUCUCGCGCUUGCGCUGCCCGCAAGCAUUGUCCUCCUCGUACCGAUAGACCUCGCAUCCAGCGCAGGGACGGAUACCACGGCUUCUAGGGGGGUAUGGCUUCCGGAGAGAGCGUUGCUGGUAUCUUGGAGGAUCACAUACUGGCUUACGUUUGCGCUGACAUGGGUCAUCCUCCCUCUCCUCGGCGAAUACUGCGACUCGGGCUACCGUGAGCCCAGAGAUCGCUUCAUCUAUUCCCUCCGCUCGAACGGCCGCUACCAGCUGAUGAUGCUCGCGACCGGGAUCGCAGGCGCGAUAUACUUCUUCCUGCAAUCGGGGUUUAACAUUACGAAUCUGAAGGCUACGGUCAUGGCGCUCGCGUACGCAUGGGGCCUCAUUCUUGCGAUAUACCUGAUGGGGCAUGGCCUUGUCGCGCUGCCCCGGCGGCUGUAUCGUAACGCCGACGUGAGUCGCAGACUGCGAAGCCUGCAAUCAAGGGCGCCGAAGUUGCACGACAAGCUCAUGGAUGCAAUCGAGCAGCUGGAGCAGUAUGAACAGCAAGUCGCGGUACUCCGGCAGCGGAAGACUGGCAUAUCAAGAGAGUAUCGGGAAUGGAUCGAGGAGCUUGCGGAGGCGUCCGCUCUCCCAGAGUCUCGUGGUUCAAGCGCACAGAGACCCACAAACACCACCGUCCCGCCUGUCGUAACGGACCGCUACCUCGCAGACCUAACCCGCAAGCUCAAGCGCGCCCGCCACAAGAAAAUGCGCUUCAUCUCCGAAUGGGACAACCUAGUCCGCGCAGCCAUCGACACGCAAGCAGUCCUCGACUCGGCCACCACCCAGCGUCUCUCGUUCAGCAGCAAUUCCACCCUCUCCUCAUUCCUCUCCAAAUCCCACAUCCUAACCCCCUAUACCCGCCACUACCUCCACACGCGCCUCCUCCCCUCGGCCCGCUACGUCCUCGCCGCCCUCUUCGCCCUCGCCUCCGCCGCAGUAAUCUGGUCCGAGAUCACCAAAUCCCUCGCCCCGAAGCUUUCCUUGAUCGGCCUCACGAUCAUCCACCAUCCCAACGACUUAGCGCGAGGCCGAAUCGGCUUCGCAGGCCAGGCCAUCGCCGCCGCAUGGCUUAGCUACAUGAUAACCUGCGCGCUGCUCUCCGUGACCGAGGUCAAGCUCUGGGGCAACCGCGCGCUGGUGCGGCGCGGGACGUACGCCGAGAGCGCGGCUUGGUACGCUUGUCAGGUCGCGAAACUUACCGUGCCGCUGGCGUAUAACUUCGUCACGUUUGUGCCGGGCGAGGUGUGGAGGGCGACGGCGUUCCAUGGGUUUCUGGGCAAGCUGAUUAAUUUGACGCCAUUGGGUGCUGGGUUCUCGAGCUAUUUCCCGAUGCUGGUGCUGCUGCCGGUGGCGGCGACAAUGUUUGGGUGGUAUGGGAAGGUUAAGGGGGUAUUUGGUUUUGGGGCGGUCAUGGACGAAGAGGAGGGUGAUGAGGGGGGGAUUGGGGCUGGUGGAUGGAGAGAGGGGAAGGCGCUCAUUGAACGCGAAAUUAGUGGAGGUGCGGGGAACGCUCUUGGUUUGACGGCGCAUAGGGGCGAUGGCGAUGCUGAACCUGCGGCGCCGGGACCGCGCCCGGAGCGGUAUAGAGAUGCGGAUAGUAGGAGACCGUUGAUGAAUACGGGAGACGAAGACGAUGCUGGAGGCGAGGGGAGUUGGUUCGAUGACUUUUCGCACAGGGUGAGGAAUACCUUUGAUACGGCGGAGAGGCCGGCGUGGCUAGAGGGGCUCAAGAAACCGAAGUGGAUGGGCGGGGAUGAGGGAGGAUCAUCUAGCGGAGGAAGAGAUGGGAGGGAUGGAUUGAACAGGUGGUUUGGUGGAAGGAGUGAUGGGAGGUCGGCGUACCGCUCUGUCGGGGAGUUCGAAAAUCCGAACGAUGACGCAUCAGAGCUGGCUACCACUCCAGGAUUUCCACCCAGUGUGCUAGGAUUUCGGGAGGAGCCACGCUUGAAGAAGACGACUGAAUCGACUCGACGCGAUGCCCAAGAUCGCGAACGGAAAGCCAAGUACAGCCAUCGCGACGUCCGCGAACAGCGCGUCCGUCGCCGGCUGUUUGAAAGCUUCUCCGAAGAACACGAAACAACCCACCAGCGACCACAGCAGCCGCGGCCGCGUGAGCCACAGAAACACCAGCACGCUGAGAUUCGCGCCAAACCCGCCAGCCCGUGUAAGCACCGCGGGAAGUACGGCCACGGCAACGGCGCCGACGACAGUCAGCAGGCCCCGGACGGGCGUCCAGCUUCCCAGGUCGUCGCCUUUGCCGCCACCGCGCUUCCAGAGCUGGAGGUGCAUGCGCGUCUUUUCGCGGCCGAGGAGCGUGUUCACGGCGAUGGCGACGAGGUUGUUGACGACGAGCGGAUACGAUCAGGAGGAUGGUGCCAUGGCGCCUUUGGGGACGCAGGUGGGGGAGGCUGCUGA